CAUGCGCACCCAAUGUAAUAUGCGCGCAGCCGUGCACAAGCUGUGAUGCUUGUUACUAUGGCAACAAGUUACAACCUCCCACCUCACUGCCUCUGCUUUCUCGCGCACAUCCGUCGCCACCGUCAACAUCUCGCACGGUUCCGCGCGACCCACUGCUCCUCCCCACCACCGCCACGCGGCUUUGAUAACAGCAUCCCUCUGUCAACAGGAUAUUUCCUGAGACGGAAAUACGACGGGGGAAGGAAAAUGGCGCUCAUCCCAUCUCAGAUCCUAAGAGUAGCGAUACUCCUGUCUUAUUUUUCCAUCCUCUGCAAUUACAAAGCCAUAGACAUGCCCGCGCAUCAAACAUACGGCGGUAGCUGGAAGUUUCUAACGUUCAUAGAUUUGGUCAUUCAGGCUGUGUUCUUCGGAGUCUGCGUCUUGACUGAUCUCUCCAGCCUGUUAACAAAAGGCAGCGCAAGUAUGGAGCAAGAGAGACAACUGAAGAAGCUCAUUGGACUGCGGGACUGGAUGAUGGCUGUUCUGGCCUUUCCUGUUGGUGUGUUUGUGGUGACUAUGUUCUGGGCUCUGUACCUGUACGACAGAGAUCUGGUUUACCCAAGACUUCUCGACAACUUUAUACCUCAGUGGCUAAACCAUGGCAUGCACACGACGGUCCUUCCUUUCAUCAUUAUUGAGAUGAGAACAACACACCAUCGAUAUCCCAGCAGGUCCUGUGGACUCUUGGCGGUGUGCACGUUUGCGGUGGGAUAUGUUGUAUGGAUGUGCUGGGUACACAGCGUGACGGGGGUGUGGGUAUAUCCUCUGCUGGAGUACAUUGGGCAGACGGCCAGAGUUCUCUUCUUUAUCUGUCUCACGGCUCUGAUCAGCGUCUACUACAUCUUGGGAGAGAUUCUAAACAACUACAUCUGGGAUUCCUCAAAGAGCUCCCUGGAAUCAGACAAAGUCAAAACAGAAUGAAGUUCAUCGUGACGUGAACGCCGCCAUAGAAGUUACCCAGUUUCUUUUCUCUUCAUUUAAAUCUAGAUCAGUUUGACUCCGGAGUUCAAAUCAAUACGAUUGGUGCCAACAUUUGCAUUCUUAAAUUUUCUUUUGGUCCCUUGAGACGUUUAUCUCAUCCUCAUUACCGCCAUUGAACUUUUAAGCACAGACCUGUAUCGGCAUGAAAGUUAAACCCAAUAUUUGAUGUAUAUAAUUUACGGUAUGAAUGUUACAGUAUUUCAGAACACCUCAAGUACUGUACGAGCACUGAAUGAUAUUUACUGUACUCCAAGGCCAGUAUCACAAACAAUCACAUACAACCGGUAUCAGGAAUUGUUCAUUAACCCCGUGAAACAAAUAAGCAACAGGUGUAUAUCCACGACUAUAGCAUAUGUCAGCUGAGAAUGAGCACAAGAUCACUUGUUUGGAUGGGCUGUUGAUCAAACUGUUGGAAACGAUUCACGUGAUCUGAGGGCAGGCUUUUGUUGAGCAGAUGCAUUGCAUGAAAUCCAAAUUUUAUUUUCUUGGGUUUAUCUCAAAGGGAUGUUUUUUUUCUAGGGCUGUCAAACGAUUAAUCGUGAUUAUUCACAUCCAGAACAAAAGUUUUCUUUAACACAUAAUGAAUCUUUGUGUACUGUGGAUGUUAAUUUUCUAUUUAUAAACAGAAAAACAUACACAUACAUUUAGCAAAUAUUUAUUUAGAUUUUCCAAAAUUUUAAAACUAUAUACAAACAUAUCUUAAUUUUAUAUUUUUCUUAAAUAUGUGCAUGUAUGUGUUUAAUAAUACAAAAUGAUUAUGCGAUCUAUGCACAGUACACAGACAUAUAUUAUGUGAACACAAACUUUUAUUCUGGAUGCAAUAAUCGCAAUUAAUGGUUUGACAGCCCUAAUUUCUUCAUAUCAUACGGAUAUGAGUGUAGUCCUGUUUAUUUAAGUUUCUUCACUGAUGUGUUUUUUUUGUUAUUUUGUUAAUA